AGAACAGAAAAGUUCCUCUGACCCAGCCCUCCCUCCUUGGCAGCGGGGCAGCAGCCGUGUUUCGCAGGGGAGGUGUGUUGUGUGUUGGCCACUCAAGGCCACUGCUUUUAAAAGGGAGACGUGGGUCCUCCCGCACACAGAGGUGCAUCGGGCGGCUCGGCGGCUGCUCUGGGUGCAGUGAAACAAGGAGGAUGAAGGCGGUUCUCGGGGUGCUGCUUCCAUACCUGGUGCUGCUGCUCCACUCCGCAGCUCUGCCGAGAAAAGGGACCCAUGGAGCAGAGGCUGUGCUGGGGCAGAGCCUCUCAGAGGAGACGGAACUUGGAGCAAAGAGGGAAAAUGUGAGCAGAGCGCGACCCGGCUCGGCGGUGAGACUGAAGAUGACUGUGGCUUCUCGCCUCCUCCCUGAGCCUGCAGCAAGCUGCACACAGGCUGACGGCUCCAGCUUGCAGCCCUGGCCCUUGGGGGGGCUGGAGGGCCCCGUGUGCCGCCUGAAGAUGGACAACAGUGAGGUCCCCCCAUCCCACCUGGAGGUGGUGGGGGUCCUCACCCGCUAUGAAAGCACCUUCAUCAAGGUGCUGCGCGCCAGCUGGAAGCACCGCAACCCCGAGACCUUUGGGCUGUGCCCAGGUGGAGGUGCACAAACCGUGCUUCGACCGCUGCAGCAGCUCCAGGAGCACCUGGCAGGGCCAGGCACGGGGCUGCAGCGAUUCCUUGUCCUGCAUCUGGAGGAAGUGAAAUGGGAAGCACAGGCCUGGCUCUGGUUCAGGCUGCCGUUCCAUGCAGAGGUGGGGCAGGUGCUGGGAGAGCUGCAGGUCGCUCUGCUGCUCUUCUACCCGGGCAGCCCCACAGGGAGACAGGCUGAGGGCCGCCAGGAGCUGCUGGUGGAGGGCAUGGGGCUGACACAGGAGCAGGUGGGUGACCCUGGGGGGCAGGAGGAGAGGGGGGACCUUGGCUCUGCUUGCCCAGCAGCUUCGCAUCCCCUUCCCUUCCCUUCCCUUCCC